AUGGCGGGCAGCAUCCGCGCGGACAACAUGCGGGCGGACCUGGGGGCCCAAACGCUGUGUCCGCAACUCGUCAGCGUGCUCCAUGACCAGAAUGACACGUUUCGUUUGGCCCCGGCCGUGCAGCUGCGCUGGCCUGGGAACUUGAAGAUGUACAGCGAACAGAAGUGGGAGGAGUACCAGGCCUUGGCGGCUGAGCACGACGUGAAGCUCACCCUCAAGGGGCGCGCCGAUCCAAGGCGUCCACAACGGCACAAUCAGCUGACAGUCAAGGGCCAGGAAUGGAAGGCCGUAUUGUCGGUGCUUUUGGUGGAGCUGGAAGCCUCGGGUUUGAACUGGGCAGAGCAUGGUCUGGAAAGUCUACCUGGCCUGCUGCCCCAGCUGAGCGAGCAGGUCGCGAACGCAGCGGGAUCUGGCGAUGCGCAGCCCGAACGCGCCUGCCAGCUGGACGAAGGUGAGGCGGCCACUGCUGACCGCGACCCUGGCGCCGCCGCCGAGCAGACGCGGGCCUGGAGUUCGGCCUCGAGCAGCAUGCCCUCGCAGUGCUCAGAGCCGACGGCCGCGGGCCGCACGGACGUCGCCGAGGCCGACAGUGUCGACCACGACCAGGCUUCGAGCAGCGUGCCGACGCAACGUCCUGAGUCGACGCAGGGCCCGGAGGAUAUAUGGACGCUACCCCGCCUCGUGGAUCUGGUUGAGGCCGCGUUUCACGUACAGCAUGCUGCCGGGCUGCCAGAGGACAUCGUAGAGCAGUUUUCGCGAGCAGCGAACGGGUUGAGGGAGCGGUUCGGUGGCAUGCCCCGCCGCUCCACUCCGGGUCGUCAGCAGGCAACGACGGUUCGCGCGCUGUACUUGUGCACUGCGUGCGUGUGGCGACACGCGCAGUUGUUGCCGGCAAUGUUUUUCAAUGCCAUUUUGCUGUGUCACUGGCGGAUGCAGAGCCAGGCGAACCUCAGUUUAUGUUGGUCACUUGUCCUGGCGGCCGAUGGGCAGACCGGCCCGACUUUGGAGGCGCUCGUUAUCCUGCGGCCGUUGUUUGAAGCUGCGAAGAUCGAGGUGCUACUGGCCUUUGCGGACCUGAGUCCAACGGCGGGUUUCUUCCACAUGUCGUGGGCGAAGAACAGUUCCCAUCGACUCGCUGCCGAUCACGCCGUUGCACUUGGGCGCCCGGCCGAAGCCACGGUGCUGUGCAACUUGGACGCGGACAAUCUGGUGGGCGAGCAGUUUCUGGACUGCACGCUGGAGGCGUUUCACGCGUCUGGACUCCUAGCUCUCCACGCCAGAGGCAUCGAAGCAGCCACUACGGGGCGUGUGCUGGUCAGGCUGAGUGUCUGGCCGGCCCUCAACGGCUACGACCAGGAGGCGGACACGUGGGGGUCAGGCUACCAAGAUGUCGAUCUCUUGCAUCGGGUGAAGACCCUUGGCCGCGUGGAGCUGCUCCGUCGAGCGGAUGGCCACCGAACAACGGGCUAUGCGUUGCCCAACGAUCCAAAGAAUCAGAAGAAGGAUCGGUCCUCUGCGAAGAUCGUGCAUGUCCAGAACGUCCCGACGGGCAAGGCCUUGACCUGGGGGCAGAGUCUUGUCGUGUAG